ACGACAUAACAAAUUAUUUUUAGGUAGUUGAGUAACGAAUUAUUGAUAAAUAAAUAUCAGCUCUUUUCUUAAUUAAGAUCAGUCAAACAAAAAUGCUUGUUUUGACAACAGUGCUAACAGCCGUUGCUGUCUUCCUUCUAUUCUACUUGUUUUAUUGUUACAAAACAAUAAAACAGCAUAUUUACAGCCUCAUCUCACUCAACAAUCUUCCUGGACCUCCAGUAAAUGACAUCAUUUCAGGGAAUAUCCUCCCACUGUACACCAGUGCAGAAAACAUCUUCAAACAAUUGCGAGAAUGGGGCCGCCUCUACUAUCCCAUCUACAAGCUAAAUGCCGCUCAUUUGGCCGCCGCCAACAUUCUCAGCCCUGAGGACUGCGAGCUGGUUUUAUCCAACACAACCCAUAUGGAAAAAUCGGCGAUCUAUAAUCUCCUACAUGACUGGUUGGGUACCGGACUUUUAACAAGCACUGGACUUAAAUGGCAAACGCGACGAAAAAUCUUAACCCCAGCAUUCCAUUUCAGUAUCUUGCAACAGUUUGUUGCUAUCUUUAACGAAGAAACUGAUAAGCUUGUCGAAGUUUUGAAAGAGGAAUGCUACAAGCCGUUUGUCAAUGUCAACGCACAUAUAGCACAAUUUACCCUGAAAACUAUAGCAGAAACCGCAAUGGGGACUAAACUUAGGUUUACCACCAGAAAAGAGACAGUUUACAAGCAGUCGAUAAUGGAUAUGGGAGAAUUUCUCUUGUAUCGUCUAUUGAGAUGUUGGUUGAUUUCUAAAUGUAUUUACGUCUUCAAUCCGCGUUAUUAUCUUGAAAAAAAAGUUACAAGACGUUUGCACCGAUUUACGAAAAGUGUGAUUGCCGAACGACAGGAGCAUUUCAAAGAAAUUGUAGUACCAGAAACAGAUGAGGUCUACACUGGAAAAAGGCGACUCGCCAUGUUGGAUCUUCUGUUAACAGCAAAAAACAAAGAAGGCUUGAUUGAUGACGAAGGGAUUCGUGAAGAAGUCGAUACUUUUAUGUUUGAAGGGCACGACACCACUGCUGCGGCCCUAGGAUUUGCCCUAAUGGUCCUGGCAGGACAUAAAGAAGUUCAAGACAAAAUCGUGGACGAAAUGCGUGAAAUUUUGGGCGACAUUAAGACAAAACCCACUUACCAAAAUUUACAAGAGAUGAAGUACCUGGAACGAUGUGUAAAAGAAGUACUGAGGUUGUACCCAAGUGUUCACUUCAUUUCGAGGAAGCUGGGCGAGGAUUUAGUUACUCAUAGUGGCCACAAAUUGGCCAAAGGCUCGAUUGUCAAUUUACACAUCUAUGAUUUGCACCACAACCCUAGCAUUUAUCCUGAUCCUGAGAAGUUUGAUCCUGACCGUUUCUUGCCUGAGAACUGUCAAAAGAGGCAUCCUUUUGCCUACUUACCGUUUAGUGCUGGUCCUAGGAAUUGUAUCGGGAAAAAAUUCGCCAUGUUGGAACUUAAAGCAGCCAUUUGUGGCAUUUUGGCAAACUUUACUCUUGAACCGAUCGAUAUUCCUGCGACUAUAGUCCUGGUUGUUGAUAUAGUACUCAGGACCAAGGAAGGGAUCAAAGUUAGGUUUAAUCCCCGAGUACAGUAAAUUUUUGAAAUAAGACUAUUUGUUUUUGUACUUUUGACCCUAAUUAUAAAAAUCGAUUGAAAAUUUACCUAGUCA